UUAAUUCAAUUUUCUAUUUGAUAGAACAGGUAAUCCUAUCAACUAUUCCACCAUCUCCUUGAUAUAACUCAAAUUGUUUGUACGGAACUUGCAGGAGGAAUCGUUCGGAAAUAAUAAUGGAAGAACUGAAAAAAGAUGAUUUGCUGAGUGAGAUAAAGCAACUACAAGAAAAAAUUGACGGUGAUCCCACUGCGCAGAAGAUAUUAUCGCUUCUCGAAACAACCAAGGCCCUUGACAGCCAAGAAUCUGAACUCCAAUCUAGGUGCAUAUUAGAACAUGCUAAAUUGCAAACUAAGGUUGAUGAGUUUGAGGAGCUACUGCAAAGAGGCAAAGAGAUGACGUUCUCUGAAAAUUUGGACCAUACUUUUCGGGACUCCACUGAGAAGCUUGAUUUCGCGAAGAGGGAACUUGCAGCUAAAUUGAGGUCAACUCUGUCAUUUAAACGGCAGCUCGAUGACGUGCAAUCACAAGCUGAACUCAUUCAGUAUGAACUCCGAUUGUCAGAACUUUAUACUCAUAUUCAGGCCAAGGAUCGUCAAACCCGUAAAUACUAUGCUACUUACAAUACAUUGUUGGGGAUAAAAGAAUUGAUGCUAAAGGAAACAUCAUUACUGAACUCCAUACGCUCACAGUUCAAAGAUGCUCUUACUAGCCCUGCUGGUCGAAAGAAACUAAUUGAUUCCAUGGAAGGAAUUCUGCACGGGACUCAACAGAAGCUGGAAAAGGUGCAAAUUGCUCUACAGUCGGAGCAGAAAGCUCAUGAAGCUCUCAAGGGGCAAUAUGCAGCUGCAGUUUCAGAGCAAAGGCAUUACAAUUCUAUCUUAGAGGCUUUCCAGGUGGAAUGUGCUAGGAAUGAAAGAAUUCGCAUGCAGACUUCACAAGAACAUUUAACAAGUUGAUUAAAUUUAUAUAUACUAGUUUGUUCAAGUCAUGCACAAUGUAGAUUCUGAAAAAUAAUGUUAGUAAUUAUUGAAGUAAAUUUUUAAUUAUACAUGAAGGUACAAAUAUAGUUAAUUCCUUAUAUCAUAUUCGUGGUGCAUAUCAUUUUCAUUUA